AUGGUCCUGAUCUGGCUCCUGGUAUUCAGUCUGCUCCAUCCCAGCGGGCAGGCGGCAGGGGCCCUGGGUCUGGCUCAGUCAGGGCCCCCGAGGGAGGAGGAGACCCGGGCCCCAGAGGGCCGGCUCCGGAGAGAUGCCGGAGGCCGAGGCGGUGUCUAUGAGCACCUCGGCGGAGCGCCCCGGCGCAGAAAGCUCUACUGCGCCACCAAAUACCACCUGCAGAUCCCCCCCAGCGGCCGAGUAGGCGGCAGCCUGGAGAACAGCGUCUACAGUAUCCUGGAAAUCACAGCAGUGGAGGUUGGAAUCGUGGCCAUAAAGGGGCUGUUUUCCGGGCGCUAUCUGGCAAUGAACGAACGGGGCCGGCUUUAUGCUUCGGAGAGCUACAACGCCGAGUGCGAGUUUGUGGAGCGGCUCCACGAGCUGGGCUACAACACCUACGCCUCCCGCCUGUACAGAACCGCGCCGGGCGGGGCCGGGGCCAAGCGCAAAGCCAGCGCCGAGAGACUCUGGUACGUCUCCAUCAACGGCAAAGGCCGACCCAGGAGGGGCUUUAAAACCCGCCGGACCCAGAAAUCUUCUCUCUUCUUACCUCGCGUCCUGGACAGCAAAGACCACGAGAUGGUCCGGCUCUUCCACACCAGCGUCCCCUACAGGGAAAGCCUCCGGCAGCCGGCAGACAAGAGUGAGAGGAAGAGGAGGCAGGAGCACUCCCCGCUUCCGAAGGCCGGAGGGGAGACGGCCCCGACGGAGGCUCCGUCUCUGAGGGCCUCAGCCCCUCCCGGGACGGUCUGACCGGGGCCAGCCGGAGGGGACGUCCGGCUCCUCACUCCUAGGACUCCUAGACUCCUUGGCGGUGGCUCCCCAAGGGCCACAUCCCUUGAGGCACAUACGAAUGAAGCGAAGGCCAGAGUCCCUCUUCCUGUUCCUCUGACACCCGAGGGCUGCCAGGGCACCACCCGGUCUAUUGUCCCCUUCUCCCAACGGGAGCAGCCUGAGCCACUUCCUUCUCCGCACACCCUCCAUCGGGCAUUUAAGCCAGAAAUAGAUGAUUCCCUCCCAGCAGCAAUACACGUGGGUGAACACUUGGGGUAAUCGGUAUUUGUUUAA